AUGAGCGAACCAAUCCGCCAAGGAACCACAAGCUCAUUUCCAAUCCAAGAUCCUGAGUUGGCUCGAAAGUUAGCUGAGAUGGAGGCGCUCAUUCAACGGAUUCCUGGGAUGCCGGCUCCGAUUAAGAAGAGUGCAGCAAGCUGUUAUGCAGACUCUCCAUUCGUAGAUGACAUUGCACUAGUGGAAAUGCCAAAGAAGUUCAACUUCCCAAAUAUGAAGAUGUUUGACGGGACAUCUGACCCGGAUGAUCACAUCGCACAGUAUAGGCAGAGGAUGUUCACCUUUGCUAGUAGCAGGAAACUUGAAAAGUCUGAAGAAGACCUCUACAUCAUAGUUCAACGACGGGGUGAGCCUUUACGAGAGUACGUAGGCCGCCUCAACAAAGAAAAGGUUUUUAUAACCCAUUGUAAUCAGGACACAACCAUCUCAGCCUUCCGCAAGGGACUCCGCUACGACUCAGACCUAUACAAAGAACUUACCAAGUAUCCUUGCAAGACGAUGGAAGACGUUCUCACCAAAGCCUGGGCACAUAUCAAGUGGGAGGAGGAUGAAGCUAACUAUUAUCACUCUUCUCCGAGGAAAGACACUCGAAGAGACUCAAGGGCAGGCAGACGGCAGAGUGAUAGACGAUCCGAGCCAUACCCGUAUCCCAACAGAUCAGAGAACAGAAGGAGGGAGUACAACCAGUCGUCCGAGACACAUCUGCGAGAUGGGCCAAAGAUACCAGAAUACAAUCUUUCAAUUUCACCAGCCGAAGUCGUUGGCGUACUGAAAGGACUUGGAGACAUAGUGAAAUGGCCAGAAAGGAUGAGGACUCCAUCUGACCAGCGAGACAAAGCAAAAUGGUGUGAAUUCCACAAUGACCACGGUCACCGAACGGAUGAGUGCAUUGCCUUAAAACUCGAAGAGGCAGACAGGUCAGUCGUCCGAAGAGAAGUAACCCCGCCGAAGCCACCUACUCAUGAACAAACGGUGAAUGUAAUAACUGGUGGCUCUGAGGUAAGCGGAGUCACCCAUUCAGCAGCCAAAAGACAUGCCAGGCAGACCAACUGGAUCAAAGGAGAGUCCAGCGAGACAGAGAAGAAUACCAUCAACCUACCAGCUCAAACCAUCAGUUUCUCAACAACAGAGUCAACCAAACUCCUCAACCCACAUCAUGAUGCUCUUGUCAUUGCACUUUACAUUGCUAAUUGUCUUACUAAACAUAUACUUAUUGAUGAUGGUAGUUCAGCUAACAUUUUAUUUUUAAGUGUUCUCAGGGAAAUGGGGAUAGAUGAAUCAAAGAUUAUAAAGAAGACUACAAUCCUCAUCGGUUUCAGUGGAGAACAAAAGAACACACUAGGAGAGAUCGAGCUACCAGUCUAUGCCAAAGGAGUCAAUCUAUGCACAAGAUUUCUGGUAGUAGACUCUCCAUCUACUUACAACGUGAUACUGGGUCGACCAUGGAUACAUGAAAUGGAGGCAGUCCCUUCAACAUACCACCAAGUCCUAAGGUUCCCAACUAAGUGGGGAGUAAAAGAAAUUAAAGGCCAACAGAAAGAUUCGAGAGCGUGUUACCAGACUACCAUGAAGGCCAAACCCGCUCAGUUAUAG